AUGUUAUAUCAGCAAUCGAUCUGGGAAUGCGAAGUGACCGGUAGACGCAAUUUAACGUACGAACAAGCAUUGGAAAGCGAGAGAAUCGACGAUGACCGGUACCGAGCCGAAUUUCGAUUCUGUGAAGUGCUUCGAAAACGCAUGCUGCUUCGAAUCCAAUUUCAAACGGUUCGGUUGGAUGCUCUCGUCAAUGAUCUCCUUAAUUAUUUUGGAUCGGAUUUCGCCGUGGGUGAGAUUACCCACUGCAUGUUGGGGGAGAAUAUCUAUCUCGUAAGAAUUCUCGAUGUACUCCCCCAACCGCAUACGGGCGAUUAUUAUCGUCUCAAGCGCAAUCGACCGACCAAGGCCGCCAAUCAUGUCAACGACGGACUUACUUCCGAUACCACCGAAUCCGAUGAGGAUGAUAUGCCGCGUCAACCGAACGGACGACUACGAUUUCCCGAUGCCUUUUUACAUCCCACGCCAGAAACACGGACCGAAGCGAAACGCGAAUCGUCCGUUGAAAUGGACGACGUUCCGGCAGAAAAGGACGAAGUAUGGUUCCAGCCAGUACGUUACCGAGUGCAGUUGAUCGACAAAUAUGGCCAGCCUUUGGAAGAUUUUGCACGAAUCGUCGAAGCCCACGAGAUCAAACGUGACAAGCGCUCUUUUUGUCGCUUUUUGAUCCAGCGUUUUAUCCGAGAAUGUGCCCUCAAAGACAGCUACGUAGGCGCUCCCUGGCUGAUCAAACCGAAUGUCGCACAAGAGUACGGUAUUAGCACGACGUUACCGCCGCAUCUUCAAGAAGCACAAGAUCUCGCUUAUGCCAAGGCAAGGAAACGGAAAGCAGUCAAAACACCUGAUGAAAAAGAAGCCGAGAAACGGGCACGUAAAGAAGAAACCUUGCUGCAGAAAGCGAGAAGAAAGGAAGAAAAGGAACGCCAACGCGAAGAACGGCGUAAACAAUCCGCUAUCAAAUACCCAAUCGAAGAUUUGGAUCUACCGAUUUACCGAAAAGAUCCCAAUAUCAACUGGACUUUGAUCGACCUCUCGCCCAACAAAUACCCCAUCGAUCAUGUCCACAUCCCUUAUCCCAGCGGGGGCCGACCUGCGCGUCCUCCUCCUCACAAACUAUCAUGCUUACCUCAUGAUCUCUUUGAACAAUUUCUCGCCAUUUGGACCUUCCUUUCCGUAUUUUCCAAGCCAUUGAAACUCACGCCAUUCAGCAUUGAUGAAUUUGAACGCGGCUUAUUUCACAACCAGCAUCAACCUAAACCCACCGUCAUUGUAGAAAGUUAUGCGUGUCUUUUGAAUGUCAUUAUUCGCGAACGGAUCGAUGAAACGGCCAAUGAAACGAUCAAUGGUGAAGUUGUGGAAGAUUUUCUGGAUAAUUUGGAACAACAGGAGGACAGUGAUAAUGGAUCGCAAGAUUCCAGCGACGAUAAUCAGGCUCUAAAACGGUUACAGCAAUUGGGUGUCGAGCGCGGAUGGCGAGAUCAAGAGCAGUUGCGAAUCAUCAAAGACUGGGAUGAUAAAGAGAUUCGAUCAAGUCAUGAUCGACGGGGCUGGGAAACCAAGUUGAUUGGUUGUUUAAACGAUGUGGCCACACCUGAUAUAAUGCCUGGUCUGGAUGCUAUUCUUGCUCAUUUGGUCCCACGACAACCAUCCACCGCGGCGGAACGGGAAAAGCAAUUUCCCACCUUGACUUUGCAGCAAAAACUCGCCAUCCUCGGUUUCUUGGUGGAUGUUGUCAACGAAUCCAACUUGAUCAAAGAAUACAUGGAACAAUGUCAAGAGCAAUUGACAGAAUUCCGAAGGCAAAAAGUGGAACUCAACAAGGAAAGCAAACAAUUAAUUGCUCGUCGGAUACAGUUGGAUCGUCGUGAUCGACUGGACGAUGCCGAUAAAGAAUCAGAAGAAGACGAAGAUGAGGACGAAAGCUCGGAAGAAAAUGAGACAUCGGAAUCCUCGUCGGACGAUGAAUCUAAUGACGAAUCCUCCGGUGAUAUAAGUUCUCGUAGACGAGGACGAGGUGCGCUUUCUCGGCAGGAAAAGGUCAAGCAAAAGCAGAAAGAACGGGAAGAACUGGAGGCAAUGAGGAAGCGCAUGUAUGAAAAGCAGCGAGAAGCUGCCCGAGCCCGAAAUCUUGAAUUAAAACAAAAAGCAGAGGAUCGGCGGAAGCUCGAGGAAGAAGAGAAAGCAUUACGUAAAAAGGAGGAGGAUUUGGAAAGGGAUAUGCGACGAUACACAUCAUUGAGAAUCAAACUUCUUGGACGCGAUCGAUUUUAUAAUCGAUACUUCUUUUUCGAUAAUAUUUGCCAUACCGACACCUAUGGCACGGGACGAUUGUAUAUUCAAAGUCCAAGUGAUGUGGAUAUCCAGAUGAUGAUGGAACGCGAUUAUGCUACAGAUUUGCCUGAUCAACCGUGGGGCCGAGGAGGCGGAUGUCAGUUUACGUUGGAAUUAAUGAAAGCUCAGGGGUUGCAAGACGAAAGCCAGUGGCUGGAAAGACGCAUGCUUGAACUGAGCGGAAAAAAAGAACAUGAUCCCAGCAGCGAUCAAGGAUGGUGGUGUUAUUACUCUGAACCAGAUGAGAUCCAGGCGUUACUUGCGUGGUUGAAUCCCAAGGGUCAUCGCGAGUUUAAACUGAAGAACGAAAUAUUAAAACAACAAACUAAUAUCAUGGAAUCAUUGAAAAAGCGCGCUGAGAUGCUUUCUCGAUCAGAAUCUUCCUCCAAGCGUGUCACACGCGGCAAAACCAGUUCCUCUAAAGAACCGGACUCGACGCUUAUCAGCAACAAUCAUCAAAAAACUGGCAAAUAA